AUGGGUCGGGAAAAUAGCUCGGAUGUGAUAUUUGCCAUCUUGGUGAACGGGACCGAGCCGUUGAGCGGAAACUUGUCGAAUAUGUCGAUGCACGAGCAUGGGACACCUGGCGAGAGAUCAUUGCUUGAAAAUUGGGUCUACCUCAUCCUAAUGCCAAUCGUCUGCAUCUGGGGAAUCGUCGCUGCCCUCCUUUGCAUAGUUGUGUUUACUCGGCCUCGGAUGCGAUCUUCGCUGAACCUCUACCUGGCCGGACUCUCGGUCUUCGACUUUUUGGUACUUUUAAGCAGCCUGUUGACGUACCCCUCCCUUCAACUAUGCGUCGUCAACGACCAUUCAACCGAUUCAUUAUCGUGCCAAUUCUUCUGGAAAUCGGCCCUUCUCACGCUGCCGCUUUCCAAUAUAUUCCAGGCGGGCUCAGUUUGGACAUGCGUUGCCGUGACCGUGGAUCGGUUCCUCGCUGUCAACUAUCCGCUUCAUUCAAAAAUCUGGUGCACUCCGAAGAGGGCAGUUGUCAUCAUGGGUGCCUUGACAACGUUCAUAUUUUUUUAUAAGAUCCCACAAUUCUUCGAACUUGUCCUGGAUGAAGAUGGCAGACUUGGAGCAUCCGAAAUGAGGCAAAACGACUACUACAAAAUGUGGUACACCAACUAUUCCUAUCUGGCCAUUGUUGUCCUCAUUCCAUGGAUGAUCAUGAUCGUCCUCAACACAAAAGUAGUCCUCACCGUGCACCAGGCCUACAAAAUCCGCAAAAAUCUCAACUCGAACACUGCCGGACGGGAGGAACGCGACCGAAGAUGUACGCUGAUGGCGGUGGUCAUGAUCAUGACCUUCAUCUUUUUCAACAUCCUCUCCACCCUCGUCAACUUUAUGGAGACGUUCGAGUUUGGGCAGUCGUUCCGGACGCAGUUGACGGUUGUUGGGAAUUUUUUGGUGUGCUUGAACAGUGCCUCAAACAUCAUCGUAUAUUCGCUCUUCGGCCGAAGAUUCCGUCAAAUGUGUCUAAAAAUGCUUUGCGGCCGUAUGCGUAGAUUCCCUAUUACUCACGCGGUGAUCUCGGAAUGGGAGCGGGAUACAAUGACGCGCCGGACCUCAGUUGAACCCAGCAUUGCUAUGAUGAGCGCACGGGGCUCUCGCCGCUACAGCAAGCGAAUAUCGCUUCGUAUGUUGGAUGGGCCGUCAGCUGUGAUCACAGAGAAAAGGGCGUCCUUCAACCGGCUACUCCCCGAAGCACGACCACGC